AUGUCGUCCGCUGCUGCUGGAGGGAGUCGUACAGAAUGGCCUCAGUCACUCAAGGACUUUGCCAACCGCGUCUUCCAGACCUGCAACGAUUCGAAUCGCAAGAUGGUCUCCGAGGAGCUCAAGACGGUCAUCUUCCAAUCCUUCCAGGCAGGAACUAUCAACACGACGGACUGGAAUAAUGUGCAGCUCAAGUCGCUUGGGAAAGGGGCAGGUUCGGUAGGAGGUUCAGGGCCAGUGACGCCGAUCAAGAAGGGCAAGAAGAGGAUGCUAGGUGCCGUCGGCUCGCCUACCGGCGGCAGCCUGAGCGCUACAAUGGACUACUCGAAUGGCCACUCGAGCUCGAGCGCAUCUCGUCCUGGAUCUUCCUCUGGAGUCUUCGAGGAAGAAGACAAGCGGGAGAAGCGGGCGAGAAGGUUCGAGGAAGAGAAGAGGGCAUUCGUAGCCGAGCAAGAGUCCAGUUGGAGCGAGGCCGCGCCCAAUUCCACGGCAUCUCUGGCGGGGCGACUGGGAGGAGCAUCAUUGAGCGUCAGCGGAGGCAAGAAGAAUGGAAAGUCCAGAAAAGAGGGAUGGUAUGCGGAUUCCAAUUCAUCUACACCAAUAUCAGGGUGGACAUAUGAUCCUUCGCCGAGCAGCGGGGUGGCAGGCAAAGGAUGGGCAGCAGCAGCAUCAGGGAGUGGAUCGAGUCUGGCGGCAAGAGGGUUCGUGGACGAGAGUAUAGCAGAUCCAAACGUCAUCGACUGGGACGUGGAUACAGUCGUUGGGCUGUCCACCAAGCUAGAGAAGCCCUACCUGCGUCUCACAUCUGCCCCUGAUCCCAAGACGGUGCGACCUCUGCCGAUACUACAGCAGACUCUAGAGCUUCUCAAGAAGAAGUGGCGGGAAGAGAACAAUUACGCCUACGUCUGUGACCAAUUCAAGAGCAUGAGGCAAGACUUGACGGUUCAGAGGAUCAAGAAUGAUUUUACAGUCAAAGUCUAUGAGAUUCAUGCGAGGAUAGCUCUGGAAAAAGGCGACCUGGGAGAGUACAACCAAUGUCAGUCUCAGCUGCGGGUCCUCUAUGCCCAUCACAACCUUCCCGGGAGCAGAAUGGAAUUCCUGGCAUACCGCAUCCUCUACCUCCUACAUACUCGCAAUCGAAGAGAAGUCAAUGCGCUCAUGACCGAGCUUACCCCAACCUCGAAGAAAGAACCAGCAGUAGCCCACGCUCUCGCCGUGCGUCUAGCACUAGCGACUGGUAAUUACCACCACUUCUUCAAGCUCUGGAGCGACGCCCCCAACAUGAAUGCCUAUGUCAUGGACCACUUUGUCGAGAGGGAAAGAGUUGCUGCCUUGGGCGUCGUGGCAAAGAGCUACCGACCCUCUGUCCCACUGACAUUCCUGGCUACCGAGCUCGCCUUUGCCGAUGUGCAAGAGGCGCACGACUUUCUCAAGGCGAAUGAGAUUGCCAUCUACAUUGAGCCUACACCUGCAGAGCUGGCAGCUUCGCAGUCACUCCGAGGAAAUGGGAGCGGCAGUGGAAGCAAGAAGAAGUUGGGGUCAAAGGGGUUGCGAUUGGAGGAGAGAAAGUGGGAUUGUAAGAAUGCUCUGCCUGGACUGGUGGCGGCUGGUGAGAAGUAUCGGAAGAUUGACAUCAAGGGUCAAAUAUGA